CGACAGAAAGAGAGAGAGCGAGAGAAGGAGAGAGAGAGAGAGAGAGAGAACGAGCGGAGAGGAGCCUCUCCAACGACAUGCGAAGAGACGUGUCCGACGCGACGACGACGGACAACGAGCGAGGAUCGCAGACAGCCCUAGUGAGACACGUCGACGGCGACGAGCGACAGAAGUAUCCAUGGAACUGAAAAUCCUCCUGUGGUUUCACAUCGUGGGAAUUUGUUCGGGUCUGCGGGGAGUGCGCAUCCAGAUACCGACGGCCGUGAAGAAGGGCGACUCGGCGACGUUGAAAUGUUGGUAUGACACCGAGGGCGACCCAUUGUAUGCCGUCAAGUGGUACAAAGGGGGUCGAGAGUUUUAUCGCUAUGCUCCGAACGAGAGUCCGCCCGUCAAGACUUUCCCCAUUGGAAACCUGACGGUGAAGAAAACGGAGAGCAACGCGACGCAGGUCGUGCUGACGAAGUUGGAAUUGGAGGCGGCGGGCGUAUACAGCUGCGAGGUAUCAGCCGAUGCACCUUCCUUCCACACGGCUAUAGUUUACGCGGCGAUGAACGUCGUUGAAUUGCCCUGUGAGAUGCCGUCGAUACAGGGACUAAAGAGGAAAUACCGCGUUGACGAUCCGCUACGUUUGAACUGCACAUCUGACCGGAGCAAACCCGCUGCGAAUCUCACUUGGUAUAUCAACGAUCGACAGCCUCUCAAAGCGUACGUUCGCACGUAUAGCCCGCUCGACACGAACGAAUCGGAAUGGCAGAUUUCGCAAAUUGGGCUCCAGUUCCUGGUUUCGCACGAUCACUUCGUGAGCGGCAAGCUGAAGAUACGUUGUAGCGCGUCGAUAUACGAUAUUUAUUGGCAGAGCACGGAAGUCAGCGCCGAGGAGGAUCGGCCGCGAGUGAUACAUUACGAGCCUGCCGCGACUAUCGUCGGCAUCAACUACCUCCAGCCACCGCCAAAUUUUCAGACCGGCCAAAAGAAACCUGACGGGCAGGUUGGAGUAAAAGUGCUGGGGUCCUCCACGGUGAGCCUGCGGCCGACGGCGAGGAUCGUUUUGGAAUUGUUUGCGCUUCUUCUAAUCGUCAUUCGUUAAAGGCAUAUAUAGUGCAUCGUUCGAGAAACGCGCUUUGGAACACUUUGCGUACGUUGACGUGUUUGUAAGAAGAGGAGGAGGAGGAGGAGGAGAAGGAAGAGUCUGGCGAAGGGCUCGAGAGGUGCUUUGUGCGAUGAUGACGUUUCCUCUAUGGGAUGGCCUCGGAUCACCACGCAUCAGGAAUAUCCAACCAGAGCGAAUACAGGAAGCUCCUUAGCAAUCACAUCACGGCGAUGAAACCUGAAAGGCUUAUAGUUAGAAUGGUGGAGGAAUGGAAGUGACGGGACGCAACCGAUAGUUCGAUCGGCUUCGGACGACAGAAAAGGCCGAAAAAAAAAUCGUGGACGAAGGGUGAACUCCACAGCGAGAUGAUUUAUCCGACGUUCACUCAUCCGACGAUCAACGAAAUGUCCAAAAUGCACUGCAGCGACGACAGACGCGGCUGGAUAUAUAUACUCGCGAUAUAUAUUCAGGAGUUAUUUUAUUAUUAUUAGACCAUGUACUCUUGCUUCCUUCCAGCGGGAAUAAUGUGUUUGCAAUGUGUAGGUAUACGUAUACAUACAUAUAGUACGUUUCGUCGCAUCGUAUGAGAAGAUAGUUUUUUUUUCGUACUUUUAUAACUCAGAAGGAGACUAUAACGUAGCAUGAAUGUACGUGCGUAUUCUUCGACAGCGUAAAGACACAUAUACACGUAAUACAAACAUAUACCGAACAUAAAUGCAUAUAACACGACAAAUAUGAGUAUGUCAAAUCGCUCGAUUAUAUACACAUAUGUAUACACAUAUUUAUUCACACACACACACACACACACACACACACACACACAUAUACACACACACAUAAUACACACUGCCAUACUUUUUCUCUGUACGAAUAACUGAUAAGUAAAAGUGUUCGAGAAAAAUAUAUAUUGCGGCCCGCCUAAGUAUUUUACAGUGUGCGAGAUGAUGUACCUGAAUCGGAUAUUUGCGCGAACUUCUUUUUUGUGUUGCUAUUUAGGGACUAUGUACUAUAUGAUAAGCGAGAAAAAGAUGUGCUAUAUCGAGUUAUAUGAUAACGACACAACUUUGUGUAUCUCAGUCAUUCCAUUUCGUAUUAAAGCGUAAUUAAUUUAUUAAACGAGGCUGAUUUAAUUGAUGUACAGUACGUCUUAUGGAGUUUAUUAUAAAUUCAUUAAGUAUACUACCACUGUGUUUCCUUGUGUGUAACCUCUAUUUCUUACAUUUCGUAGCGAUUCGCACUGCAUUCUAAUACUUUUUUUUACAUUCACAUCAUGCAAAUAGAAUCUACUGUCUGCACGUAGGUAUACCAUUCAUCAAAUAUCAGCUAACAUCAUAAAUUAUAUCGCGCGCAGUUUGCGCUUAUCGAUAUUCGAUACCAUUCGUUUUUUAUCUCAAAUGAAUUCCCGAUGAAUGUUUUAGUAAAAGUCACGUUAAAACUAAAAUAUACUAUCAAUUAAG